AUGCGCUUCUCAAUCAUGGCCGUCGCGGCCGCGACCGUCUCCCUCGGCGCAGGAAAUCCUCUCCACAGCACCCGCAGCACCCCGGUAAUCACCAUAAACUCCACCCUCCCCGUCACCUUUGGCGCAAUCGUCUUCCGUGCAAUGGACAUGCUCGACCUCUUUGGCCCUCUCGACGCCCUCCAGCUCGCCGCCUUCAACCGCCGCAUGAACCUCCACCUCAUCGCCGCGACCCUCGACCCCGUCACCACGGCGCCCCAGUCGGCCGGCAUGAACGCCCACAACUCGUCGUGGUGGCCGACCAUCCAGCCCACGAAUACCUUUGAAGACGAUCUGGACCUCGACGUACUCAUCGUGCCCGGUGGUCCCGGUGUUCGGGCCCCCGGGCUGGAACCGAUUGUGGAGUACGUGAAGAAUUACUACCCCCGGGUCAAGUAUCUCAUCACCAUCUGCACGGGUGCCAGCUUUGCUGCCAAAGCGGGUGCUCUGGACGGGAAGAGGGUAACGACUAAUAAAGCUGCCUGGGAGCUUAUUACUUCCCAGGCCCCUGACGCCAAGUGGGUUUCGCCGGCGAGAUAUGUGGUUGAUGGCAAUAUCUGGACUUCCUCUGGAGUCACCUCUGGUUUGGACUUGACUUUGGAGUUCAUCAAGCAAGUGUACGGCGAGGAACUGGCGACCAAGGUCGCCAGGAUCAUGGAGUUCGUGCCCCACCCCGCCGACUGGGACCCUUUUGCGGAUAUCAACGGCGUCGAGCCGACGUACAAGUAA